GCUUGUCAACCGGUGUCGAUGUAAAUAUUACAAGACCGGAAAGUUAACAAUAACAUUUUCUAGAUUCGAUGAACACCGUCAUGGAGAGAAGCCUGUUAGGGGCUGGCGUGGGAGUAGAGAAAGAAGAGUGGAUGGAUCUUCUCAACUCGCACCACAUCACCCGUGCAGAGAUGAAUAAACUCAUCAUGAACUACCUCGUCACUGAGGGAUUCAAAGAGUCUGCAGAGAAAUUCCGAAUGGAAUCUGGUAUCCAGCCACCGGUGGACUUGAACGAACUGGAUGACAGGAUUCGAAUUCGGGAAGAAGUGCAAAAUGGUCGCAUUGAGAGUGCCAUAGCUCUUGUCAACAACCUGCACCCAGAACUGCUGGACAAUGACAGAUACCUUUAUUUCCAUCUACAGCAACAACACCUGAUAGAGCUGAUCAGGGCACGGAAUGUUGAGGCAGCACUGGAGUACGCACAGACACACCUCGCUGAACGGGGAGAGGAAAAUCCUGACAUUCUCUCGGAAUUGGAGCGAACUCUUGCUCUCUUGGCAUUCGAGGAACCCGAAAAAUCUCCCUUUGGUGAUCUUUUACACUUGUGCCAACGACAAAAGGUGGCCAGUGAACUCAAUGCUGCUAUUUUGGAGACAGAUGCCACACCAAAGCUGGCAAAUCUCUUAAAACUGUUACUAUGGUCACAAGAGGAACUUGAUAAAAAGAAAAUACGCUACCCCAAAAUGACUGAUGUAUCAUCUGGAAUGAUCGAGUCACCCAAGUGAAGCAAAAAUUUUCAGUGAUAUAAUUGUGGAAGUGACCUCCAUGUUUUUUUACUACAGUGCAAGUGAAACUAUAUAAGACAAGGCAUGAGGGCGGCCUAUAUGGUUGUGCCGAUUAUUGAACUUGAUCAAAGUGGUCAACAUCGGUGACAAUGGAUAGUAAUUUUCAAUUUUUGCCUCUUGCAAGUUGUUGUUCCUGGGUUUUGGGCCCAUUUCUCUUCUUUCAAAGCAGAUAUUUUUUUCCAGUUCACAACCAGGGCUCAUCCAACCAGGCGACUCGAGUGACGAAGUCGCCUUGCCCGCGGCCACUUCGCUAUUUUUAAAGAUCUACUGCUAUUGAACCUUAUGUAUCAGCUUGGAGAUACAUGACUACUUCUCUGACACUGCCAGAGGUUCACAUGUCUGCAUUUUUGCUUAUUUCAAAGUCAGACCUAAAAAAAUAAUCUGUGUUUAGGUCAACGGUCUCAAAACUGCUAGAUAGGGUAGGAACAAUUUAUUUUUUCAUUUUUAAGUCCAGUCAAAAACUGCCAAGCCAGUACAUUUAAAAAAAAGAGAAACAUUUCGGGGGGGGGGGGGGGGGUAAAAAAAUUAAAUCCUCUGCGAGAAGUCAUUUCUCCCUAAAAUUUUAGCCUAGGAUGAGCCCUGACAACGACAAUAUUCUUCACGUGUAGAUCUAUGGACUAAUUUUAGAUUAAAUUAAUUGAUGCUAGAUAAAUGAAAAACAGACAAGUGCGAAAAAGCACAAGAAAUUUAUUUUGUAGUUACCAGUAUACCUCAUAUAUGAGGGGCCAAAAUGUAAAUAAAGAUAUUUGGAUAUCAAUCGAUCAUUGAAUGGUUUUCAAUCUCUGGUAAUCAAUAGUUAAGUUUAGUCUUAUUUCCAACACUAGCUAUUUCAACAUUAUGUAGCAAUAGAUGUUACCUGUAACUAUACUUCCUAUGUCAAAUAGUUUCAAGUGUACAGGCACGUGACAAACAUUUAGUUAAAUGUACCUGAACCGGUGAUAACAAAUAAAUAAGAGCAUUGUUUUACAACUCAUCUUAACAAAUUCAUGGAGAUCAAGUACAGGUUUUAGUUGACAGAAUGGAAUCACUGAGGAGACUCUAUGGACAAGGAUGUAAGUGAUAUUGUUGCAUGGACUUUAUUGCACCUUAUUUAUUUCUCUUUACAAACUCUUGGAAGUUUACGUACACAGUAUUGUUCUGUGUGUGUAUUAUUAAUUGAUGUAAUGAUGUAAUGGAUGGCUGUACAUGUAAUCUACAUUUAAUCUUUGAAUCAAGAAUGCAUUGCCUAAGUUACUGCAUUUGUUUUGAUAUUCUGGGACUGGGAAGUUAGCAAAGCAGUUGAAGCAGAUGUACAUAUGUCAUAGGACUAUUUAUAUAGUACCUUAUGUUGACAUAUAUGUCACAGGGUUAUUUACAAUGUAAUACAGUACUAUACAGUACAUUUUGAUAGCGAAGGUGGUAUUUGACGAGAGUGGAUUUUUUUUUCACGAUUUUGGGAAUCCACAAGAGUCCAAUACAACAUCCCUUAUCCAAAUGCAGUACAAAUAUCUCUUCAGUUUAUACUUGUUACUGGUUUAAUUAAUUUAGAAAAUAUGUUACAAGGUUUAAUAUAACGUUAUUAUGUUUAAUGACAUCAUUUUAGCAUUGUGUUACGACAUGGUGUCAGCUAUGUGGAAUACAGCCCUAUUGUCUUUAUUUUCAUUGUGUAUAUAUAGUGUACUAUCUUUAUCAAUUUGUUUCUUAAAAAUCAUCAUUAUUUGAUAAUAAUUAUGAUUGUACAAAUAAAUGCCAAAAACAUCA